CAGAGGAGGAAUCGCGUCGGGGCUACUGGCGGUUGCCGCGGGGCACUUGCUAUGUUAAAGGAGGGGAUAAUUAGCUUGGCUCCGCGUCUGCCAGUGCGCAUGUAGGCAGGCAGAUAGAAGGGCAUGCUUCACCGUACCAAAUACAACCGCUUCAGGAAUGAGUCCGUGACGUCCGUCGAUGAGCUCCUCCACAACCUCUCCAUGAACCCCAAGGUCUCGGCGGCCCCCGUACCCGUCGCCGAGCCGCCGUACUCCCCGCCCGCCGUCACGCUCCACGCCGACGCCGAGGAUGGCGGCACCACGCUCUGCACCCUCAUCAACAAGGUGUCCGGCCUGAAAUUCGCCAACACGGGCGGGCUGCUGGGCAUCAAGAGUCUCCCCGCCGCCGUCAAGGACCUGGCCGUGUCCCGGCUGCAGGCGGGGGGCUCCGGCGGCCCCGGGUCCCCCUCGGCCCCCGCCGCCGCGGCGGGGUCCGGCCCUGCCUCCGGCCCGCUCUGCGCGCAGCAGGACCCGGGGGCCGCGGGCUCCGGCGCGGGGAAGAAGGGCCGGCCGGAGGAGGCGCGCGUCGGGGGCCGGGACUGGAAUCCCGCCGGUAACGUUGUGAGCCAGGCUUCGCGAGGAUGGCUGCACUCCAGCGAGAAGAUCUCCGGACCCGGCGUGACGUACAUCGUAAAGUAUUUGGGAUGUAUAGAAGUUCUCCGUUCAAUGAGAUCACUAGAUUUCAAUACAAGAUCGCAAAUAACCAGGGAGGCCAUCAGCCUGGUGUGCGAGGCCAUCCCGGGUGCCAGAGGGGUGUUUCGUAAGAGAAAGCCUCCCACUAAAGCCCUCUCCAGUAUCCUCGGGAAGAACAACUUGCAGUUUGCAGGAAUGAGCAUCAACCUGAACAUCUCAACUAGCAGCCUGAACCUGAUGACGCCUGACUCCAAACAGAUAAUAGCGAAUCAUCAUAUGCAGUCUAUUUCUUUUGCGUCUGGGGGAGAUCCGGACACUACAGAUUAUGUCGCGUAUGUAGCUAAAGACCCCGUUAAUCGACGAGCGUGUCAUAUUCUGGAGUGCUCUGACGGUCUGGCUCAGGAUGUCAUCAGCACCAUCGGUCAGGCAUUUGAUCUCCGCUUCCAACAAUACCUGCAGUGUCCCUCCAGCAAGCUUCCUACAUUUCAUGAUAGCAUGCUGAACAUGGAGGAGGCUCCGUGGACAGAGGAGGAGGAGGAGGCCGCCGAACACCCCUACUACAACAACAUCCCGGGGAAGAUGCCACCACCAGGGGGCUUCAUAGACACGCGGCUCAAACACCCGACGUCUGCUCCGGCAGAGGGCGCCCAGCAGUCCAGUCCGGUGGUUGGACCAGACCAAACAUACUACCAGGGCAGACACUGUGGGGAGAGCUGGGCUGAGGAACGGAGAUCCUUGCCCGUUCGGCAGGGUUCCAGUGACAUAUACAGUCUACCUGAGGGCAAAAGUCAAGUACCAAAAACGGGGGACGCCCCCACGUACGUGAACACCCAGCACAUCGACGUGCAGGUGCUGGCAGCCCUGCAGACGGAGUCUGACGCGGUGACGGACCCGUCCGGGGGGGGGCCCAAAGACAGCCCCCGGAAAGAUCUGUUCGAUAUGAAGCCCUUCGAGGACGCCAUCCUCACCCAGGCGCCGGUGCCGGCGCUGAGCAAGGUGGCCUCCGUGGACAACUGCAGCCCGCUCCUGGUGCGGGCGGCGGCCUCCCGGGCCCUGGAGGAGCUGGGCGGGCAGCCCUGGUACCACGGGGAGAUGAGCCGCAAGGAGGCGGAGAGGCUGCUGCGCGACGACGGGGACUUCCUGGUGCGGAAGAGCGCCACCAACCCGGGCUCCUACGUCCUGACGGGCAUGCACAACGGCCAGAUCAAGCACCUCCUGCUGGUGGACCCCAAGGGCACGGUGCGGACAAAAGAUCACAUUUUUGACAGCAUCAGCCACUUAAUUAGCCAUCACCGUGACAACAACUUGCCCAUAGUCUCUGCUGGAAGUGAACUGUGUCUUAAACAGCCCGUAGCAAGAAAAGAGUGAAGUUCCCAAGCUGCAUUGGAGGAAUAGUCUCCGUUCAAACUUGAAACUUGAAGAAGAAUACAGAGAAUAUAUUAUUGUCACAAAUUGCUAAAGAUAACAGUGUCUUUGGAAUGUGGGCAUCUUUCUAGCUGCUUGUGAAGGUGGGAACAGAUUUGUUUCAAUUGACAAGCGAUUUAUAGAACUACUAUUAUUUUGUUGUGAUGACUGAAAUUAUAUAUUUUUUGAGGACAUGCAUAGGUUUAAUGAAUAGAUGUUUAUUUGGUGUUUUAAACAAGAAAAAGCAACUGUUAACUGUUUAGAUUAUUUGCAAAUUGACCUCAAGGAGGCAAAAAGAGUAUUUUAGAAUAACCUAAUGUUCUAGUUUUGUCUAUGAAGCACAGCCAGAUUUACACAAUUGUUGGUAAGACUUAGAGGAACUAAAUAUUUGAAAAGGAGUUAGUAUUUAAAUAUUUUAGGAUCUAUCUUUUAUUGCAGCUAGAGUAACAGUUCAUUUGGUAACAUUCUAUCAAAUCACUGUUGAAUAUGCUUUCACAGAGACGUGUAUCUGUUUGCUUUCCGGUAGUCACAGAAUUUUGGGACAUCUCUACUUACUCCCCACAGUGCUGUGAAUGUGGUUUUAGAUAAGGUGAAAUUUUCUAUUCAGUACACUAAUUUCUCACUGCAGUCGCAUGAUUUGAAAAUGAACUGUUCUUGUGGUCCCUGUUUGUAGACCUUUAACCCACCGAGAGGUGCUUGUGUACACUCACAGUAUUACGCUUUUCGAAACAUCUCCGUAUCCGGUUUGAAAUCCCUCUAUAACCCUUAAAGGAUGUGUAGUUAAUUAGGUCAGGGCUGAUCUCAUGUCACAGUUGAUUGAUCUCAUGGGUUACCAUGGCAGUCUGAAUUGUGGACUUAAAACUGAAAGUACAUUCGCCAAUGAAUAGCACAAUCAAGCCACGCGUUUACUGUACGUGUUACCAUGUUUAAGUUACAGAAUUUAAUUUUGUAUUUUUUACAUACUCACUCAAUUCAAGGGGUUGUUUGAUGUCUGAUUUCAUUAAUGCAACUCCUUGGUUAACUGCAGUAUAUAGAUACCUUUAUAAAAAUGGUCUGUAUGUAAAAUAAUAAUUACAGUAUACAAAAUAAAUGCGAUUUGUCCAUUUUUAUGUAUGUUUUUUAGGUUGCAUAUACAGUACAAACUCACAAAAAUAUAUAAUACAUGCUCGUACUUUAUUUAAGUAGGACCUAUGUAAUUGCACUGUAGUAAAAUACAUCCAGUGGAAUUGGAAGCUACCUGUACUAUAUUACCAAGGAUUGGUUAUUGGGUUUACUGGAGAACAAGGGUUACUGUAGGUUUAUUUAGACACGCUGUAAUUCAGUUGUGUAUAUGAAUGCAUAAAAUGUGUUUCACACUCGCAACUGGUAGACAAGCUGCACCCACAUACUACAUGAACAAUAGCUGCACAUUGGUUACAAUGACAUUACAUGGGUACAUCUUCCAGCCAGACCUACAGUAUACUCUGGCCAUGUGUACUCACUGUAGAGGUAGUUCACGUGACACGCUGUGUCAAACGAUGAGAUAACUAAAUAAAAGUUACAUAUACACAUUUUAUUCAUGCAUUAUAUGUAUGUCCUUAGCAUGACUACACACAUACUGUAUUUACAGUUAACUGAACAAAAUUCACUCAAUAUAUUUGUAAAUCUUAUUACCGGUCAAAUUUGUUUUCAAAUUUGUUCAUGCCUGUUGAAAUAAAAGCAGGAUGAGUCUCACAGUGGAGGAGCCUGGGCCAUCAUGCAUCUAUAGACAGUUAUUAGAAAGAUAUACACUCAGUGAGCACUUUAAUAGGUAUUUAUUAGACUUAUUUUUUAGAUGUAUUGGUUUUCUGCUGCUGUAGCCUAUCCACUUAGAGUUUUGAUGCGUUGUGUGUUCAGAGAUGCUCUUCUGCACACCACUGUUGUAAUGUGUGGUAUAUUUGUGUUACUGUCACCUUCCUGUCAGCUUUGACCAGUCUGGCCCUUCCCUUCUGACCUCUCUCAUUAACAUUAACAUAAUGAUUUUGCUCGCAGAACUGCUGUUCACUGGAUGUUUUUUGUUUUUCGCACCUUUCUCUGCAAACCUUAGAGAUUGUGCAUGAAAAUCCCAGGAGAUCAGCAGUUUCUGAGAUACUCAAACCACCCUGUCUGGUACCAACAAUCAUUCCAUGUCAAAGUCACUUUGAUCACAUUUCUUCCCCAUUCUGACAUUUGGUCUGAAGAACAGCUGAACCUCUUGAUCAUGUCUGCAUGUUUCUAUGAAUUUAGUUGCUGCCACAUGAUUGGCUGAUUAAAUAUUUGCAUUAACAAGCUGGUGUACAGGUCUGCCUAAUAAAGUGGUCACUGAGUGUAUAUAGAAGGUUUAUUUGAAGCAAAUUAACCCUGCAUCACACUAACCAUGCGCUAAAUUAUUUUAAAUAGUUUUGAAAAUAUUAUUCUUGUAUUUGACCUCCUAGCUGAAAUGGGAAAAUAAUUCAUUUUGUAUUUUUUUCUUCUUUUGGAGAGAAAGAUUAAGCAAUGUUUACAAAAAGAAGAGUCAAAGCAAAGAAGAAACAAAACACUAACACGUUGUUUUGGGUUUGUAUGUUCGUAUUCUAAUUUUCCUACAAAAGAGUUGUCUUGCAUGUGUUAUUUUGUGUAAAACGUAUUUUCAGUACUUAAACAGACUAGGAACAGAGAUGUACGGUCACAUGUUACUACCAUAUCCAAUAGAAGAAAAAUGUUGAUCCUGAUAUUAUGUUACCAAAACAAGUUGACAACUUACAUGUUUCUUAAAAAUACAUUUUAAACUGCACACUUGAUCACCAUUGUUUUGAUUGUACUUGCAGUACCAACAGUGCUGCUUGCUGUCCCAGAGGGUCACAUUUUCUAGCAUUCUGUACACAGUUUUUGUGAAAUAAGUUGUAUUGAGCAAUCUUCAGCACAUUGAUUGUUUUGAUCUCAGUUCAAAUUCUAAUCUGUGGAACUGAAUGCUUAUGUUCAAUCACUGCAUUUUGCACUCAGACGAGGACAGAAUGCAAUUUGUAUAUACCUCACAAAAAGGAGCUGAAACAGAACACCUUUCUCCUGAAUGCAGCCUUGUUGAAACAGUGUUAUGAGAUUAGUUAGACCUACCAGGAGAACCACAUAAGAUACAAUUGAGCUACGUUAUAUGCUACUUUGAUGCAAACACGGGGUUAAAUGUUUAUUUAACAGUCCUGCAGAAGUAAAUAUAAGUAAAUAAUAAAUAAAGAGAUCUGCCCAAAUAUAUUUUGUUCAAUAUUCACAAUGUUUCAAGAGUUUGUUUGUUUUUCCAGAUGUCAAAAUACUAUAUGGGAAAAUGAGGAAACAAAAUUCUGAUAAUAUUCACAUUUUAUUGUUAAACUUUGUGUCUUUCUUUAAAGGCCGUUUUUAUUUUUCAUACAUCAGUAGGCCAAUGCUGAAGGAGUAUUAAAACCUUUUUGAAUGGAUAAUAGUUUAUUGAGCCACAUAAGGAUAGCAAUGCAAACAAUGUCCUUUCUCUCUCUCUCUCUCUUUCUCUCUCUCCUUCUCUCAUUCUCUCUUUCCUCUCUGUCACACACAUACAAAAACACACAGAGAGAAUGUAAUACAAUCUAAAUGUCCAUCCCAUUAGACAGUUUACUCGCCAUUUUCUUGCAAAAAAGUUUUUAUGAUUUCAAUCAGAUCAGUACAAUGGACAAAUUAAGUGCCACAAAACUUUUUCUUGGACUCUUCUUCGUUGAUAAAGUACAAGUCAGUUUGGCAUAACAUCUUUUCAACAGAUUUAUUUUAAUUUAAAAAAAAAGGUUUAUUCAUAUGCGGGGAGUUAACAAUUACAUUGCUUUGCCAGAUUUUUGUCCUUGAAAAUGUGCCUUUUCAUUGUACCAAUGGUGUUUGUUCUUUUAACUGCAAUAGCCAAACCUUUUCUGACGUUCGCCGAGGGCGUGCCCAUUCAUUAAAGGUUGUGCUUUGCAGUGCUAACAUAUUGCUGCUGAAGAUUCAACAGUCCAGUCCCUUUUAUCUUUUGAAAUGUAUUUAUUCUGAACUUGAACAACAGUGAGUAGAAUCACACUCAAAUCCUUUGGAAUGAAAAAGUGGUUGUUUCCUGAAGAUGUUUACAGAUUUAAUCUUUGGUUGUAUGGAUUUUCAUCACUCUGUAAGACUGUUGGCAAUAAAACAGUGAAUGUG